AUGUACCGCACCUCCGACCCCCGCUUCCGCCGCCGCCUAAACGAGCUCGGGGCAAGCGUGGAGAAUGUGACGGAGCAGGCCCAAAGCUCCCUCUACAUCUUCGGCCAGCGAUACAUUUCCCCCUGUCUCGACUCCGUCACCUCCUGCCUCACGACCUGCGUAGACGCUUCCUGCCCCUCCCUCAACCUCCGCCAACGGGACCGCAUCCGGCGACAACGAGGCGGCCGAGGCCGAGGUCGGAGUCGAGGCCGGGCCGAGCUCAGUUUCGAUUUCUAUGAUGACUGGGACGAUUUGCAGGAUGAGGGGGAGGGAGAUGGGUUGCUAGGCUGGAGUGACGAGUUCGAUCGCUUACUAGCUGGUAGUGGGGCAGGGACGGCGGGGUAUGGGGCUGUAUCGCAGCAGCCUUCCCAACGCCAAGGCGGAAUGAUCUAUACGAAAGGCAGACGGAAAAGCGCUGCGCAAAUCGAGCCGGAUCCGACCGUCAUACCGCGCUCGGCCUCCAAGGGCUUCUUCGGGAGGAUGUUUGGUGGCAAGGCGUUGAGAUAUACACCCAGCUCUGCGGAUCUGCAGGAACAUCCGGGUCAGAGACGGGAUAAACGGCGGGAUUUGACGGAGGGCGAGGCUUUGCUAGAGGAAGAGGAAGGUCUGGUGAGGAGUAAAAAGCAUGGACGGAAACGUAGUGGAACAGCUGGUACGGCCGGCUCAGGAACAACGACAGAUAGCUACAGCAGCCGAGGCGACAUCUUCCCCUCCGACGAAGAAGACGCGAUACCAUUGGAUGAUGAAUUCGCAAUGGUGCUAGAACGACGGAACACGAACCCUUACUCGGGAGGCGAAACGGAGAGCUCAUCCGGGCAUACAAGACGAGGCAAGCGGCCGUCGGCGGGGAGUCGGACGUCUACUCGGCGGACCAUGUCGGAACGCAGUGGGAGGAGUAGUACUGGUGGGGGACGACAGGGCAGGAGUCGGACGGGUAGUGAGCUGCAGUCUCCUGUUGAGGAGCGGCGACCUGAGAUGCAGGAGGAGAGUGAGGGGUUGCCCGCGGCGGCGACGCCGACGUUGAAUGAGCUUAAGGAGGAAGAAAGCCGGCUGGCGGAGGAAGAAGAGGCGGAGGUUGAGCGGAAGAGGGGGGAGGCUGCGAGGUUGGCGGCGGAGAGGGGGCUGCGGGAGGAAGAAGAGGAGGAGGGGGGAGUGAGAGUGGGAGUGGGAGAGGAGUCGCGGAGUAAGGAAGACACAGCGACACCGGAAGCCUCGGCUUCUGUGGAAGAGCCGAGUCAAUUGCCUACUCCACUACCGACAGAUGACGAAGACGACCCUGCUACGCUCCCACAGCAUACGAACACUGAAGCUGUGGCAGCGAGUCCUGCAAAUGAAGUAGAGGGCAAGCAGCAGCAGCAGCAGCAGGAUGAACAAUGA